ACAUUUUGAGUGUUUAUUGUUGUUGAAAGUUGCUCACUAAAGUGGUUUUUUAACUUUUAUAUUAUAUAGUAACUAUAUGUUUAGCUAAAUGUAUAAAUAAAUAUAAUAAUAUAAGACAUGACUUCAGAAAAGACUUAUUUUCAAGAGGAUUGGUUACAACAAGAUAUUUAUAAAGAUUGGUUAGUUCCCAACGCACAUGCAAAAACUAAAGCUCAUUACAAAAAAUGUAAAAAAUCAUUUGAAUUGUCCAAUAUGGGUAUUCAGGCUGUUAAAAGUCAUGCAGCAGGUAAGAAGCAUCAGUCUGCUACAAAGCCUGCUAGUUGUUUCUUUAUUAACGGAAAAGAGUUGCAUGCUGAACCACUUGGAAGUGAUGAAAAAAUAUCCACAUUUUUCACCAAAAAACAAGCAACUAUUGUCUCUUUAAUUAAAUCAUCGUUACCAACUAAUGCUGAGAUCAUAUGGGCCCUGAAAUCUACAAUGAGCUGCUACUCUAAUAACUCAUGUGCAAACUUUUAAAAAGAUGUUUCCUGAUAGCAAGGUAGCAGAAGAUUUCACUAUGAGCACCUCAAAAGUAUCAUACAUUGUUAACUAUGGACUAGCCCCAUACUUCAAGACACUUUUAAAAGAAGAAAUCACAAAGUCUGAUUGUUACAUUGUAUCUUUUGAUGAGAGUUUAAACGACAUAACCCAAACUUGUCAGAUGGA